GGCGCUGAGCUGGGUGCGCGCCGAGCCUCUGCCUCCCGCCGCCUCCUCGCCCUCCAUUCCUCGCUCCCCGUCUUCUCCGGGCCACGCCGCCACUGCUGCCGCCUCCCUGGGAACAGUAGCCGGGGGAGGGGGACUGGCGCGGUCGGAGCCUGAGCGGAGGUGCGGGGCGCCCAGGCGUAGGGGAGCUCGCCGGGCCCUGCCCGAGAUCAGAUAACAGCCGGCGGGGGAGGGGGUGGGCCGGCAGUGCUCACAGCCGGACCCAGGGACCGACGCCAGCCGCCCCGGCCCGAGCGAGCGCCCAGCGGCCGGGGGCGCCGUCCAGGCGCGCGCCCCCGACCCGUGGCUGGACCAGGGCGAUCCGCUUUGCGGACAGACGCGCCCCUCGGCAUGGAGCGCCCCGGGGAGCUGCCCUGAGGCGGUGGCGGCAGCGGCGGCGAUGCAGCCAGCGCGGCAGCUGCCGGGGCCAGGAACGGCCGCCCGGAGCUGGGAGGACGCCGAGCGCGCCGCGCCCGGGCCACUGACCGAGGGUGUUCUAGUGACUGGAUCCUCUCUAGCUGGUGCCUGGGAAAUGGCAGCCACUACUAAUUCAGCCUUGAAGACAGUACCUUGCCCACUCAGCACCAUUACGUAGAAGAUAGAACUCAAGAGGAGCUGCUCUGCCUGGAGCUAGCCUGGGGGCGAGCCAGGGUCCUCCAACCCCCGGGAUGACCGCAGCCAGCCGGGCCAACCCCUACAGCAUUGUGUCAUCGGAGGAGGACGGGCUGCACCUGGUCACCAUGUCAGGCGCCAACGGCUUUGGCAAUGGCAAGGUGCACACGCGGCGCAGGUGCCGCAACCGCUUCGUCAAGAAGAACGGCCAGUGCAACAUUGAGUUCGCCAACAUGGACGAGAAGUCACAGCGCUACCUGGCUGACAUGUUCACCACCUGUGUGGACAUCCGCUGGCGCUACAUGCUGCUCAUCUUCUCGCUGGCCUUCCUUGCCUCCUGGCUGCUGUUCGGCGUCAUCUUCUGGGUCAUCGCUGUGGUACAUGGUGACCUGGAGCCGGCCGAGGGCCGCGGCCGCACGCCCUGUGUGAUGCAGGUGCAUGGCUUCAUGGCGGCCUUCCUCUUCUCCAUCGAGACGCAGACCACCAUUGGCUACGGGCUGCGCUGUGUGACGGAGGAGUGCCCGGUGGCCGUCUUCAUGGUGGUGGCCCAGUCCAUUGUGGGUUGUAUCAUCGACUCCUUCAUGAUCGGUGCCAUCAUGGCCAAGAUGGCGAGGCCCAAGAAGCGGGCGCAGACGCUGCUCUUCAGCCACAACGCCGUGGUGGCCCUGCGUGACGGCAAGCUCUGCCUCAUGUGGCGCGUGGGCAACCUGCGCAAGAGCCACAUCGUGGAGGCCCAUGUGCGCGCGCAGCUCAUCAAGCCGCGGGUCACUGAGGAGGGCGAGUACAUCCCGCUGGACCAGAUCGACAUCGAUGUGGGCUUCGACAAGGGCCUGGACCGCAUCUUUCUCGUGUCGCCCAUCACCAUCCUGCACGAGAUUGACGAGGCCAGCCCGCUGUUCGGCAUCAGCCGGCAGGACCUGGAGACAGACGACUUUGAGAUAGUGGUCAUCCUGGAAGGCAUGGUGGAGGCCACAGCCAUGACCACCCAGGCCCGCAGCUCCUACCUGGCCAAUGAGAUCCUGUGGGGCCACCGCUUCGAGCCCGUGCUCUUUGAGGAGAAGAACCAGUACAAGAUCGACUACUCGCACUUCCACAAGACCUAUGAGGUACCCUCUACGCCUCGCUGCAGCGCGAAGGAUCUGGUGGAGAAUAAGUUCCUGCUGCCUAGUGCCAACUCCUUCUGCUACGAGAACGAACUGGCCUUCCUGAGCCGUGACGAGGAGGAUGAGGCAGAUGGAGACCAGGACGGCCGAAGCCGGGACGGCCUCAGCCCCCAGGCCAGGCAUGACUUUGACAGACUCCAGGCUGGCAGCGGGGCCCUGGAGCAGCGGCCCUACAGAAGGGAGUCAGAGAUCUGAGCCAGCCUUGGCCAACAUGCAGCAUCCACCCCCAGCCGGGGAGAGGCCCCGCCAUCGCUCAGGGGCCCCGGGUUUGAGCAGAACGGGCCUGGUGCCCUGGGUUGCAGACUCAGUAGCGUUUUAGUCGUUUUAUGUUUCUUUGCAACAGCCUCAGAAGGUUGGCCGGAGGGGGGCAGCCAGAGUGGCAGCCCCCGGCCUCAGAGGCUAUCGCAGGCUCAGGGCAAAGAAGUGGCCUCCUGGGGGGCCAGGCCACGGGGGCCAGGGCUUCUGCCUGAAGAUGGAGCUGCAGCCUGUGGGGAAGCAGCUCAGCUCAAUGGUGGGCCCAGCCUCUGCUGUCCAAGGCUGUUUGGCUGCGGUGCUCCUUGCUGGUUUUUAACUUGGGGAGAAACACCGGGUUUCAGCUUUCUUGACCUUAGCUUGGGUGAGACUGUUUACAAAAAAAAAAAAAAAAAAAAAAUUACCAUGCAAUUGAAAAAAAUUUUUUAAUUCAUAGGGGGCGAAAAGAACAAUUAGAAUUCCAUGGGUCUGCCAGGAUGCAGCAGCUGGCUGGAGGCUCCAGGGGGUUCCCCGAGGUGGGACUGGCCUCUCCCUGUGUGUGUGGGCACCGCAGUGCCUGGGCAAGCAGGGUGCUCCGGGACCGCACUUCGUCGAGCUCACGAACCAACUAGGCUCUGUUUGUGAUAGAAAAAUCAAGACCAUGUUAAUGAUAAUAAUAAAAGCUUUCUACUGUCACUGGGGUGGUGGGUGGGGGCUGGGAAGAAACUGGUUUGAGCUUUUGGAGUUUGACUUUGUACCUUAGAGAUGCGUCUCAGGGCCAGGCAUGGGACCUACCAUCCAGGGUUCCUCCCCCGACCCUCGAUUUUCCUGGUUUGCUUCUCUCUCCAUUUCUGUCCAGGCCUCCACCCCUUCCACAGCGAGGGGUGGUUAGGAGCCACAGGCCGGGAUGGCUCCUUGGAAGGGAAGUCGGGAUCCCAGGCUAGGAGGAAGCUGGCAGCCCCGUCCCCACUGGGCCCACAGUGUGAGUCGUGCCUUAGAGACUCCGGGUUGUCCUGUUCUUUCUGGGCUCGCUCGUCUCCCCAACCCUGUCCCACCCCUCCCCGCCCAUACCUCCACUGCUGAAUUUCCUCCAGCCCCUCUGUCUGCCUUGUGAAGGUGGCAGGGGCCAGGUCUGUCUGACAUAGGACCACGUCGUGUCCCUCCCUCACCUGGAGCAGCACAGCAGAGUCCAGGCAGGGCACAGCCAGGCCCUGGUCAGCGCUGAAUGGCAGAGGAAAGAUCUUAGGAAAGGGGAGGAAUCAUCACCCCCUCCCAUCAACUGGGAUGACUGGGGAGUGCCACGCUCAUUCAAAGCUGAAUCAGAAACCAGCCACGGAACAGAAUUCCUGCCAAGGCUUCCGGGGCUGCUCCUCCACCACCCUCCCCCAGGUCGAGGCACUGUGGCACCCUCAUCAGGAAGAGGUUUGGGGUCCCCUUGUUGUCACCGCUGGCUCUGCCACUCCAUCUUGUUCACGGUAGCUGGUUGGGUCAGGUCCGUGAUGGAGCCAAGCCCUUCCUAGGACCGUGGAGAAAAUCUGCUCCCUAGUCAGACCUCUCCAGAAGCUGGUAAUCAGAAAGGAUGUGUCUCCUGCUCCAACUCUGCCCCAGAGACAGCUCAGAGCCAGAAGGCACCAAGGACUCUGGCCCAAGUGGGGAAGCUGAGGCAGAGAGCAGAAGGGGUCAUGCAGUGAGCAGGUGGGGUGUGGGAGGCAGAGAGGGGCCGGGGGCCUGGGGUGGGGGCGUCUGCCUCUUCCCUCCACCUCCUCCGCUCCUCAGCGGCUGAAGACUCAGCCCUGAGGUCUAGGGCCAUGGAAAUGAAGACACCCAACACCUAUACCCUGGAGUAGGCCCGACUCAGCAUCCUGCCCCAGCUUCAGCCCCACACUCAUUUCUGGCAUAGAAGAUUCCGUCGAGACAGCUCUUUCCUCUCGGGAUCUGCCGGGGGUGCCUCAGCCGGUUCCUGCUCCCAGGCCUGGCCCCGAAGCCUGAGGGGCUUUCUCAGCCUUAGCCCUGGGUGCUGGGGUGAAGUUGGCAGGGGAGAGCUUGACCCUUCACCUCCCUGAUGGCCAUGCUGAGGGACAGUGAUGACCCUGGUCACUUGGUGCUGGUGUAGGGGCCUGUGCCCUUCCAGGGCCAGUGAGCCAACCUUCUCCUCCCCUGACCCAGAGUUGAGUCCAGGGGCCCCAGGCCCACCCCCUGGCCCUCUUGGAGGUGUGUGCCCUUGCCUCCCAGCCCCCACCCUGCGGGAGAGCAGCCCCAGCACCUCGUCUCCCCAAAGGCAGGCAGAUGCUUGAUUCUCCUGCCCUCUUUCUUCCUUCCCCUGUAUUUAUUUAUUUAUUUAUUGCUUGUGCUGAAGACCAAAAUAGUCUCCCUCUUUAGUGCACUUGAAGCGGGAGGGCGGAUGGGACGAGCCAGGAGCGAGGAAGACUUGGCCCCUGGGGAGUGUGUGUGUGGAGGCAUGUGCCCGUGUGAGCCUGCAUGCAUACAUGUGUGGCGCACACAUGCACACUCGGCUCUUCACGUGUAUGACUGGGUCAGUAAUACAGAUAUGUGAUCUCUACGUGUGUGUGUGUAUGCAGGUGGUUUUGUGUCUGUCUACCCACAGGUGUGUCCGUGUGGAAGUUUCCUGUGAGGGUGGGCACCUACCCAUGAGGGUGGGCACUGGGACAGUUGAACCCCAUGGUCCCCAACCCUCUGCCCUGAUUACGCACGUCUGCGCCUGAGCGGAGCUUGUGUUCCAGGAUGAGGCACCUGGAGGUGAGCGUGUGCAUCCGGCUUGUGUGUGUGCCCAUGUGAACCCAUGUACUUGAGUGUGUGUCUGUGUGCAGCCUGUGCCUGCUGCUUAGAGCACGGUGGCCGCCCCCUGAGCCUCUGCUGGUGCUGUGCUGCCUGGUCCCCGCCCAGAGGGUCCUGGGGGCGGGGAGGAGCCACUGUUGGGAGGCCCCUGUACAGGGUGUCUGCCCUGCGUGAGGUCAUAGAAUGUCAAAUUAUUUUAAAUGGUGAAACUGGAGAAUUUUCAUGUUAUUUUCAAUACAUAGCAGUAUCUAAAGACGUAGGCGAUGAGACUAGACCACAUUAAAUGCAUUUUGAUCUCUUUGAGG